AUGGCGGAAUCGGCAACAGUAACGAAAUUAGCCUUCUAAAUUUUUGUUUAAAAAUAAAAUAAUGGAUUUCGAGAGCAUUUGUCGAUUGUGUGCCAAGGAAAAGAGCACCUUGCGUAAUAUCGCGGAAGACGAGCGGAACGUUAAUCUGGUCGAGCAAAUCCGCGAUAUUGUUCGGAUUGAGUACGAACCGGACGAUGGUCUGCCGCAGCAGGUGUGCAAAGCGUGCGCGACCUCGCUGCACCGGAUCCAGGAAACGCUGGACGAGUUUCGCACCAACGAUCAACUGCUGCGGAGCAAGCAGCACGUGCUUCCCGACGGUGACGUCGAAAUCAAACAGGAGGAGCUGGACGACGACGAAGAGCAGGACGAGGAGUACAGUGUGCAGGAAGUGAAGAUCGAGCUGCUGGAAACGGAAGCGGAGCUGUCGGAUGGUUUGGAGCAGUCCGAGGAAUGGUUGGAGGACGACGAAGUCUGCGAUGAGAGUGAAGCUCUGGACGAGAGCGAUACACCGCAGAAACGACGACGCUCGAGGAAGAGUCCCAGGAAGGUUGAGAAGCUUGACGAGGCAGAGCAGACGAAUGAGGAUGUUAUAAUGGCCGAGGUUGAGAUGAACAGUCCGAAGAGGAGGCGAGGACGUCGACCAGCGGGCGACAAGGAGGGUGGACGGAGACGUAGGAAACCCGUUGAAGAUGAUCCGAACCGUCCCAAGAUGAACGAUUACAAGUGUUACAUCUGUAUGAGCGAAACGCUGGGAUCGGCUUUGAAUCUUUUAGAUCACUUGAACACGCACACUGAUCGUCUGCCGUACACCUGUGAAAUAUGUGUCCAGGAAACGAUAGAGCUGAAGCAGGUUCGGUCGUUGAACAUACAUCUCAAAAUGCAUCAGCAGCCGGUCAAGUGCUCGUAUUGUGAUAGACGAUACGCAAAUGAUCGAGCACGGGACUACCACGUGCAGGCCUUCCAUCUAGUGACGCUCCGUGUCCUUCGACUUGUUCCAUUUGCCAAAAGGUUUGCAAUUCGGCUUUAGCUCUGAAAAAUCAUUUACGCAAACACACGAGUGCGUAUAACUGCGAGUAUUGCGGCAAAAGUUUUGAGUCCAAGUCAAAGCUGAACCGUCACAUCACCCGAAUCCACGUCAAGUCGGAGGGCUAUACCUGUGGAUUUUGCAACAAGACCAUCAAAACUCUCGACGCCUACGAGCUACACAUUCGCACGAUCCACGAAGGUCGGCGGGACUACGAGUGCGAAUCCUGCGGAAGACGUUUCACGACGGCCGCCUUUCUGCGAAUGCACCAAAAACACUACGACGGAAGAACCUGCAAACCCAAGCAAGACUGGAAGGUGCACUACGAAACUUCGGUUGAUGAGCUGGGCGUAAAACGCUUCACCUGCAAGAUCUGCAACAAGGCCAACAUGCGCUCGAUCGGCGAACAUCUGCGGUCCCACUUUCCGGAACAUCACGUGUGCGCGGCUUGCGGGGCGACCUUCACGCGCAAGAGCGCCUUCGACCGGCACCGGCGAACCCACGAAGAGAUGGUCCACGGCUGUUUCAGCUGCGACAAGACCUUCCUGAGCAUGCCGAAACUGCGACAACAUCUGGCCAAAGAGCACGACAUCGGAAUGACGCAGGUGGACGCGACCCAGGUGCCGACCGCCGGCACCGAGGAAGAGGUCGUGUUUGACGUUGUUGGGUAGAAUAAACGUUAAGUUGAGUGGA